AUGCUCAUUUCCAAUGUUCCUUACGAUCGGUACGUGUUCCGGAAAAUGAAGCAAACUGAAGAUGAAUCGGUGGAGAAAUUCGUCGCCCGUCUUCGAGAGCAAGGGCGCCUGUGCGAGUACGGGAAUGCACUCGAUAUGCGAGUUGCAGAACAAGUGUUUGACAACAGCCGAUCGGACGAGCUGCGUGAAGUGAUUAUUAAGAAGAAGUUGAUGAAUGUGGAAGAAAUCGUGCAGGAGGCACGGAUCUUGGAAACAGUGAAUCGUAAUAAGGAGGAUAUGAAGAGAAAUUCGGCUCCUAUGGGCCAAAGCUGUGUGAACCAAAUCAAAAAGGGUGCGAAGAAAGAAAAGUGUUUCCGAUGCGGAAAUGUUGGACAUUUUGCCAACGAUAAAAGUUGGCCCGCGAAAAACAAAGUGUGUGAUAGCUGUAAGCUAGUGGGACAUUUCCGGAAAAUGUGCAAAACCAAGCCGGAGAACCGAAAAUCGAAGGAUAAAUGA